AUGGCUAUUACCAUAUCACCCCCUAGUAAUCUUCAGCCACAAUCGGCACUCCUCCAACUGCCUGCAGAAAUCAAACACAUCAUCUUUGGACUUUGCUUCGUUGCUGAAGCUCCCAUAAUCGACCCCCAGAUUUACAGCUCGAAAGAUCAACAAGAUGGCACGGCUCUUACAACACCAGGCGCUGCUCUGCUCCAAACAUGUCGCAGAACCUAUCACGAAAUCGACCGCCGUCCACUGUUCGCGCAGAACACCUUUCGCUUCUCAAAUCUUACUGGAAUGCGCACCUUCCUCCAUGCGCUCCCUCUCGACUACAGAACGCGUAUUCAAGAUAUUGAGAUUGACCUGCGCGAACUAAACUCGGAUCGCCUUCAUAUUGCACGUGAGUGGCUACAGUACACUGCGCUGGCAAACAACGAAGCCAUGGGUUCACUUCGUGCCGAUGCAGUCGGCCUGCGGUGUUUACGAGUAAACCUAGAGGCAUGGCCUAUCAUACCUAUGUUCAGAAGUGAGCUUUGGCAGUUCAUUCGGAGCAUGCUUUCAGGUCUCGAGAGCUUGGAUAGAAUUGUAGUGACUGGAGCUAGUAAAGGCAAAGCAAUGGAUCGGAAACUGCCAUGGUCGCCUGUACAUUUUGUUGGCGGGGACGACGUUGGAGCUCACGACUUGCUUGCUCGGAUGAACAAGUGUGUCAGUGGUAACUCUAGCGACAACCUUGUCAGGUGGACAAGACAAGAUGGGAAAUUACAGCUAGAGGUACACUCAAAGUCGAGUCUACAAAGUAGCACUGCCGCGCGAUGGGCACAGGCUUCUGGAAUCGAUGGUCGCACGGAGACCUGGCCACCAAACGGAAGUGAGGACGCCUCCUACGAUUGCACCCGCCAAGAAUGCGCCGCGGCCUCCUCCUGUCAAGGUGAUGAAAAGGCCGCCCCAUGCGCCUGUUACCAAUGUAAUGGUCAGGGCGAGGUGCCCCCACGGAGAUCGAGCGCGGAGCUGACGACGGAAUAUUGGAAACAGUCCAUAAACUUCAAUGGAAAAGAGAGUCAGCGAGAAGACGUGCGUAGUGGAUGGAAGACGCGAGGCAAGAACAGCCGACGCCAUCAUGGCCGAAUUUGUGGAUAUCGAAGCUGGUAAUCUAGAGACACAUGACUUAGCCGCAUGUAUACUCAAAAGGAGAGUGGUCCUCAUACUGUGCACCUGUACCUCCACUGUAGUCAAAGAAGGCAACGUUCAUCAGCAGCAGCC